AUGUCCUCCGUCCACGAUAACGCCUCCUCGCCGCUCCCGGUUGAUGGGGUGAGCAAGCGCAAACAGGGUUCUGCGGCCUGUGUUCACUGCCACCGGCGCAAGGUUCGCUGCGAUGCCCGAGUUGUCGGAACCCCCUGCACCAACUGUCGCACCUCUGGCAAGCCUGACUGCCGCAUCCACGAGAAGAAAAAACGUCUCGCAGUGCGCUCGAUUCUUGAUCCCGUUCCGAUCCGAUCUCGGCCAUUACCGACAUCUGAUCAUGCAGCCCACCCUACAACUUCAGCCGGCACGCCGCUGCCGCCAAGCUUUCCAACUGCAUUUGGGGGUGGUGUCCCUGCAAUUGCAAGCAAUCCCCCGCAGCAAACCUUCCUGUCCAAUGCCGCGGAGCCGUUUCGCCAAGGCCCAGACCUGUCACACGCCCAUGAAGCGCACACGGAGAUGGAACAACACCUUGUGAAACUGAUUGAUGAAGAAGAGUCUGGCCGGAGAGAGAUCCAACGAGGCGUGCGAGCCUUUUAUGUGGGCCAUGAACACUCUAAUAUGUCGUUCCUUAUUCGUCAGCAGCGAGACCAGGAUGACGAUGUAUACCAUUUCGCCAGCAAUGAGAUUCCCAGGCGACAAAUGAAGACUGGCCAUGAUCAGCUUCUCAUGGAUGCGCUCACACUUCCUGAACCGGCCUUGGCGGAUGAGCUAGUCCAAGCAUACUUCAACUUUGUCAACCCAGGAUAUCCAAUUGUCGACGAGGACCUGUUUAUGACACAAUACCGAAAUCGAGAUCCCGCAGAUCCUCCCCCAAUUCUGCUACUCCAGGCGAUCCUUCUGGUUGGAGCUCAUGUCACCCGUGGGAAAGCUGACCGCGACGCUUUGAAAGAGAUCUUCUUCCGCCGCACCAAAUACCUCUUCGACAACCGUAUCGAGCGCAACCGGGAUAUUCUAGUUCAAACAGCCUUGUUAUUGACUUGGCAUUCGGAUAGCGCCGACGAUGAUGUCGCGGCGGAUGCUCAUUUUUGGGUUGGUGUGGCUGCCCGAAUCGCUACCGGCUUGGGAAUGCAUCGCAAUCCCGUCUCAGGCCGUUUUGUUACUCGAGAUAGGCGAAUGUGGAGACGCACCUGGUUCAUUCUAGUACAGUUUGAUGUCAUGAUUUCUCUUUCAUAUGGUCGGCCACAGGCGAUCAACCUGGACGACUCUGACGUUUCAUCAUUAACACUGGCCGAUUUUGAGAAUUGUGGGCCUCACGUGCAAGCCGAAUUCGUGAUACACUUCACCGAGCUGUGCACCAUGAUAUCUUAUCUUAUACGGGACCGGUUCGGCCUUAGGGCCAGCGAUGAGCGACGGAAAGCCGUCCUCCAAGAAGCGGACGAGUCCCUGGCGAACUGGUCAUUAAAACUUCCCGACAACCUACGGCUCCGAGCGUCUGAUAUGGAUCCAUGGUCUGCUAUGCUGCAUCUCACUUAUAACAACUUCCUUAUUCUACUUCAUCGACCCCAUCCAAGAGCAUCGGCUUACUCCGACGACUAUGGUCCUCAUGACGCCGAGAUUUGCAGUGCUGCUGCUGGAGUGAUUGCUUCUAUCUUCGAGGAGUUGAGACUCAAUGAUCGACUGAAGUUCUUGUGGUACACCGGUGUCCACACGUUGUUCACGGCCAUGAUCCAAGUCCGUGUGGAACUUCGCUUCUCCAAUCCGGUCCUUGCAAUUAAUGCGCUCCGCCGAUUCGACUCUGCGUCUUACUCAUUACGAGAAUUAGCCCAGUACUGGGUUCACGCAGGCACGAUUCUCCGGCUCUUCGAAGACUCCAAGCGUCUCCAGGAAGACUUGCGAAUGGCAACUAGCGACCGGUCCAAGUCAUAUAAUGGCAUUCCAUCCUCCAGCAAAAUGCCUCUCACGGCCGCCGAGGCAGCUGCCGCCUUGCAGGCUGUACACACACCACGGCCCAUGUCUUUUGGUGUCCCGACACCUGAAUCCUCACACACGCCAAUGCAGCAGUCAACACUAUCACCGCAACCGAACCCGCAAUUCGAUAAUUGGAUCACAGCGCCUCUUCGACUCAACGUCGGCCCCCUGGAAAGAAACGACCCUUACUCGAACGCCAUCCAGGUCGACCAAAUGGACCAAACCCGUGACUAUCCUGAUUGGAGGCAGCUGUUCUCCUUUACGGAUUCUGAUCUUGCAGUCCCCCAUGCUGGCGAGAGUCUUCUCGAGCUGGAAGAUGAAUGGAGGCAGAUCUACUGGCAAGAUACACCGAUGGCUGACCUAAUUCAAGAUACCACCUGGAUUCCUGGUUAG